AGUGUUCCAUCCCAGGACUUCCAGUACGCGCCUCACGGCCCCGCUUCUCGCCUAUAAUUGGCCCCUUGCUCGUCCCGCCCCUUCGGCAGGUCUUCCCUUCUUAUUGGUCUCGGUGAGUCCGUAGCGAGAUCUGAUCCAAUGGGUGCUGGAGUUACCCGGAAGUUGGGCCGGAGGAGGGUCUGUUGGCUUUUGGAGACAGGCAGGAACUUCCGGCCUGAGGGCCGAGGCUGGAGAGUGUCCGGCACUCGUUGAGCUCAUUCUUCGAGUUUUACCUCAGGAAGGUCUGGCUAAGGCAGGUCGAGGGGUUGGGCGGCGGCCGCCGGGACACGCCGGGGUCGAAGCGCCGGACCUAGCCGCGCCGCUGCCGCGCCUGGGGUCCUGUGCCGGGACUCGGAGCCCCUGGCCCAGCAGCUCCUGCCCAGGCUGUCCACCCUAGGUUGCGGCCGGACCCGGCACCUUUCGGAGCGGGCACAGCCAGUCCAGAGGGCCCAGCUGCCCGGGGUCCCGACGAUGGCGUCGGACCCGAUCUCUCAGGAACGGGAAGGGCUCCUGAUCGUGAAGCUGGAGGAGGACUGCGUCUGGAGCCAGGAGCUGCCCCCAGCUGACCCGGCGCCCAGCCCAGAGGCCUCCCACCUGCGUUUCAGAGGCUUCCGUUUCCAGGAGGCUGCCGGCCCCCGGGAAGCCCUCAGCCGGCUCCAGGAGCUGUGCCACGGCUGGCUGCGGCCGGAGCUGCGCACCAAGGAGCAGAUCCUGGAGCUGCUGGUGCUCGAGCAGUUCCUGACCAUCCUGCCCCGGGAGAUCCAGGCCCGCGUGCAGGAGUUACACCCGGAGAGCGGCGAAGAAGCCGUGACCCUGGUGGAGGACAUGCAGAGAGAGCUCGGGAGGCUGAGGCACCCGGUCACAAACCGUGGGCGGGGAACAGAAGUACUUUUGGAGGAGCCUUUGCCUCUGGAAACAGCCCGAGAGUCACCGAGCUUCAAGUUGGAGCCCCUGGAGACUGAGCGAAGCCCUGGCCCCAGGCUGCAGGAGCUGCUAGGUCCCAGCCCCACAGGGGACCCCCAGGCUGUAAAGGAGAGGGCAUUAUCUGCUCCCUGGCUUUCUCUCUUUCCUCCUGAAGGGAACCUGGAAGACAAGGCUGUGACUGGGCCCCAGUUGCCUGAGAGCUUAGAGAAUGUGGCAGUGUUCAUGUCCUCGGAGGAAUGGGGACAUCGGGAUCCUAGUAAGAGCGCCUCUUCCAGGGACCUGCAGGAGAGUUGUAAGGUGGUGAACUUACCGGAGUCACACAUUCCCAGUCAGGAAGCCCUAGGCACCCAGGUGGACCAGGGAAGAAAGCCACAGGACCCCGGCAUCCAGGCUUGCAAGGAGGCCCUGGGCUGCCGAAGCCCAGCUCCAGGGGAGGAGAAAUUUGAGAAGCCAGAAGAAAGUACUCAGUUUAAUUCCCCUGAGAACACACACACUCAGGUGCUGCUACCAGGCCAGGCCAGAAGUGAGGUGCCCUGGAGUCCUGAGCAAGGAAGACCUCAUGGCAGGGCAGAUUGGCGCUGGGAGCCUCCCUCAGAGGCCACAGCGGAACAAACGUUGGUGGGAGCCACAAGUUACAGAGACCUGGGGCGAUCCAAGGAAGCACAGCCAAAGAAGCUCCAUUUGUGUCCCUUGUGUGGGAAGAACUUCUCCAACAACUCGAACCUAAUUAGGCACCAGCGAAUUCAUGCCGCAGAAAGACUAUGUGUGGGUGUGGACUGUGGUGAAGUCUAUGCUGGGAACCCUCACUUCCUGUCCCUGCAGUGGGCACACCUGGGGGAGGAGGCCCAUAAGUGCCUCGAAUGUGGCAAAUGCUUUAGUCAGAAUACUCACUUGACCCGCCAUCAGCGUACCCACACAGGUGAGAAACCUUAUCAGUGUAACAUCUGUGGAAAAAGCUUCUCGUGCAACUCCAACCUCCACAGGCACCAGAGAACACACACCGGGGAAAAGCCAUACAAGUGUCCUGAGUGUGGGGAAAUCUUUGCGCAUAGCUCUAACCUCCUUCGGCACCAGAGAAUUCAUACAGGAGAGAGACCCUAUAAGUGUCCUGAGUGUGGGAAAAGUUUCUCCAGGAGUUCACACCUUGUGAUUCAUGAAAGAACUCAUGAGAGAGACAGACUUUACCCCUUCACCGAGUGUGGGGAAGCCAGGAAUGAUAGCACCCCUUUUCUUACGGACCAUGGGACCCCCAAGGCAGAGAAGAAACUGUUUGAAUGUUUAACCUGUGGGAAAAGCUUCCGGCAGGGUAUGCACCUCACAAGACAUCAGAGGACACACACAGGAGAGAAACCAUACAAAUGUACCCUUUGUGGGGAAAACUUCUCUCACAGGUCUAACCUAAUCAGGCACCAGAGAAUUCACACAGGAGAGAAGCCCUACACCUGUCACGAAUGUGGAGACAGCUUCUCUCACAGUUCCAACCGGAUUCGUCAUCUGAGAACCCACACAGGAGAAAGACCCUAUAAAUGUUCUGAAUGUGGAGAGAGCUUCUCUCGGAGUUCACGCCUCAUGAGUCAUCAGAGGACUCACACCGGCUAGGAUAGAGAGGUGUUUCUCUUUGCCCCAGAUUCGGUGGCAUGUUCAGAAGGGCCUGUUGUCUAAAGCUGGGAUUCCUUGCUCAGCCACCCAAACAUGCACUUCUGCAUUUUUCAGGUGAUUAACAUAAAUGGGGAGUGUAGUGUGAGAGGGGCACAGAGCAUGCAAAGGAUUGGCGUGGAACUGAAGCAGCUCUGUCUGCGCUGCUAAAGACAGAAGUCUGAGGGAACCUGCUCAAAGCAGAGGUCGCUGUGUGUGUCCUGUCCCAAGUGUGCUGCCUCUCCUGGUGUAUUUCGCCAAGAUGUGAUUUGGGUACCUACCUUAUUGUGUCUGAUGUUUAUCCCAAAAGCUGUGGAAACACAUCUUUCUGUUACUAUUUUCUGAUUUGGGACAUUGAGUAGGAGUAUUUGGGCCCCUGGGGACUGGGAAGCCAGUGAGGGGCCAGGUCUCCUGGAGCUCAGCAGGAGACUGCUUGUGAGUUGCAAUGUUCCCAGAGGCCCUGGGCUGCAUAGGUCAGCCACCACACCCCGGAAGGGCCCACAAGCACACCACACAUGUAGAUGUUACCUCAGACAAUCAGGGACCUAUGGGACUUGCAGGUCUUUCGAGAAAUUGGUAGUGGAGUUUGCGGUCUGAUUCCUCUCCCCUUGGCAAAGAUUCGCUCCCCCACCUUUGUCACAAGUGAUCAACAGAGCUUUGGAGCCUUACUCCUGGGCAGUGUUCUCUGAAAGGUGAAUUCCCUGGGAAACUGGAAAUGGGGCUCCUAGGAAAAUUAGUGAUUGUGUCCUUCCUUGUAGAAAAUGUUUGAGUGGUAAAUAAACAUCUCCAGGAAACAAGGA